GAAACCAUUUUUUUACCAUGUUUUUCUUUCUGUGUGCCUUAAUUGUCUCUAAUUGUUCAGACUUGGUUUCUUGCUUAUGCGAGUUUUGUAUAUGAUCUUCGAUUAAUUUCUAAUCGUUAUUAGUUCUCAUUUUUCUACAUUAUUAGGGCUUUUGGUGGGGAUUGCCUGGGUGGGGUGGCCUUAGUUUCUAAUAUUAGGUCAUAAAUGAUGCAAUUGUUCAUGUACAUGUUCAAUUGAGCUGUUAAGAAAAUUUAAUACUCUGGGAAGUUUAAUGUUUUAAUUCUGAAUUAAGAUUUUACUAUAUUGGGAUUCUGAUCAAGUAUUGAAACAGUUGGGAUUUUAAUGAAUCUUGAACUUGUUCCUGAACUGUUAUUAUCUGCUACAUAACUUGGAGAUUAUUAUUAAAAUUUGGAUGUGUGAUUGAUAUGUAUAUUGUGCAUGGAGGGGAAGGUAUUACUUGACCUUAAUGCCAAUUUCUAGAUGGUGUUAGAGAGGCACUGUUUUAAUUAUGUCAUUACAGUCUAUGAUUUGCUAGGUUUUGAAGAGGAAGAGAAACUAGAUGUCAAUAUAUAUAUAUAGAUUUUGUUGUUAAAUACCUUAUCAAUACUUUAUUAUUCUCAUUUAUCAUAUUGACAUUCGAAAUCCUGAUAUUUAUUAUUCCCAUUUGAUGUUCUCUAAAACUUUGAUCCUAAUUUUUGGAGAUUAAUAUGUUGAGAAUUAUACAGUUAUUAGCAUUCAGAGUGCUACCAAUCUGUCGAAGUUGGGCACCUUUUAAGGUGGCAUGGACUUUUCUAUGUGCUGUUGGGAUCUAGGUUCAUAACACUUUAACCCCCUUCUCCAUUUUGCUAAUUCUUAAACUCAUAAAAAUAAAUUAAUUAAAUCUAGAUAACUUUUCUGUUUGUCUUUGCACCAUUACCUCCUAUGUCACUGAGCAGAAACUUACAAUCCUUAUCUAGUGGCCUGGGUUUACUUGUUGGCUCAUAAGUUGUAUUCAGAGUUUUUCUUGUCUAAUAUAGAUUAGAGUGAUUUAUUUCCCUUUGUUGAAUUCUGCUAGAAGUAAUCAGCAAGACAGUUUGCAGAGUUAAGUGAGCAAAACAUUGAGAAUUAUCUGAAUGAUUAAAGGAUAACUCUUUUAUUCAUUUCUUACACAUGCAAAGAUUAAUCUAGCUUGAAAGAUGGAACUAGUUGUUUGAUUGUUGCUCAUAUGAACAAGUACUUGGCUGAGCUUUAUGUUAGUUGAUAGAAUCUUUUCGCAUUUGCUUUAAUGUAAAUAAUGUUUUGGAUGUUCUGUUGAUGUAAACUAUCAUAGAUGGUAUUUUCUUGUAGUUGAGGUAUCUCAAAACAACACCAACUUUUAAUUUAAUCAUUCUUGUUAUUUUGCUCAAUGUUUAAUUGAAGAUCAGUUGAAGCUUGAAUUUUUCUUUCUUGAUUGUGCGCGUGAUAUUUCUAAUUGAACUACUGAAUGCCAGUCUGUUAUCAAGAGAUGAUUUUUGGUUGCUGGCCACAACAUCAAAGGACAGGGCUCAAUGAUGUCUUGCCUGAGGCCAUUGCCUUCAACAUCAACAACAAAUAAUUAUAUUUCAUCCCCUGCUUCACAAGAAUUUUCUCAUUCUGUGGGGAAUACACCAACAUCGAGUUCCCAAAUCUCUCCCACAGUUAACCUCACUCAAGAAUACAGGUAUGCAGUCGAAACGAAUUCUUUUGGUGAGAUUCGGAAUGUGAUUCACCAAGAUAGCUCUUUAGACCAAUAUAUAGACCUAGAGCAAGCGGACUUCUCUCAGGAAUCACAGCUAUUGGAAAAGGUUCUUCAACCAAACCGUGAGUCUAUCCAAGAUGCACUUUCGCAUAUUACACCGAAUACUCCUACCAAACUCGUUGAUACCUACUUUCAACAUAGUGAGCAUACUUGCCUUUUGUGCCUGCACCUGUACCAGGGAGUCCACCGUGCUCGUCUACUCUAUACCCCUCUCAGUAACCUUCUUGAUGACCUUCCCCUAGAGUUUGACUUAGAUUCAUAUUCCAUUUCUGAUUCCCAGUGCAACUGGGCAUUUGACAUCUUUCUCCGAUUUGACAGCCUCGAUAACCCCUUCCUUUCUUCUGGCUCUCACAACUUCGAUGAUAUGCGUCAAUGCUUCACCCAACUCAGACAACAACUUGGCCACAGGCUCAAAAAGUCAAACUCUAGGGUUCAUGUCCUCCGGCGUACCUCCACAGGCUGCGCCGUAUGUUUAAUCGCAGCCACUGUUGGAGUGGCCAUAUCAGCUGUUGUCUUAGCUACUCAUGCCCUAGUUGCCCUAGUUGCCAUCCCUAUAUGCCCUACAAUCCUUCUUUCCAAUAUGUCUAAGAAAGAAAAGGCCCAUCUAGCUCAACUUGAUGCUGCGGCACAGGGUGCUUAUGUCCUUCAUAAACACCUAGACACUAUUGAUCGUCUUGUGGCUCGUUUGUGCACCACAAUUGAGAAUGACAAGCUUCUUAUUCGCCUUGGAUUAUCAAGGCGGCCGGACAGGCAUGCCAUUCAGGAGGUACUGAAGCAGCUUCAAAGAAACCGUUCCAGUUUUGAGCAACAGCUGAUGGAUCUCGAGGAACAUUUGUUGCUUUGUUUUCUUGCAAUAAAUCGGGCCAGAUCACUCCUUCUCAAAGAGAUCCUUCUCCAUAAUUCAUUAAUCACAAAUACUUCUGGCUAGAUAAGUAUUGUUUUGUAUGAGAAUCUUUAUAAGACCCAAAUGGUUUAGCGCUAGCUCUCUCUCUCUC